AGGGGACGGUUGCUGAGCAAACGUGGUAUCCCGGUUGCGGCGCCUUGCGCCGGGCGGUCUAUAAUCCAUCUAUUGGGUCAGGAACGAGCUAAACUGAGGCCACGCCGCACAGACGGGCUGGACUGAAAGAAUUCUGAGCUGGUGUCAGGUGCCUUAGGCAUUGAGGAUCUCACCAAGAGGUAACAGACGGAGCUAAGGGCCAGUGAGAUGGCAGACGAGGCCUUAGCUGGGCUGGACGAAGGAGCCCUCCGGAAACUGCUAGAGGUCACAGCAGAUCUGGCAGAAAGGCGGAGGAUCCGCUCAGCCAUUCGGGAGCUGCAACGGCAGGAGCUGGAACGAGAGGAGGAGGCUCUGGCAUCCAAACGUUUCCGUGCAGAGCGGCAGGACAACAAGGAGAACUGGUUGCACUCUCAGCAGCGGGAAACCGAACAGCGGGCUGCCCUCGCACGACUAGCAGGGCGGCUAGAGUCCAUGAAUGAUGUGGAGGAGUUGACCACACUGCUGCGAGGCGCUAGUGAGUACGAGGAACGCAAGCUGAUCCGAGCUGCCAUCCGCCGUGUACGGGCUCAGGAGAUUGAGGCCGCCACUGUGGCUGGGAGGUUGUACAGCAGGCAUUCCAACAGUGGCUCCAGAGAAGACAGCAAGGGGCAGUCAACACACAGGCUGGAACGGCAUGAGGUAUCAGAGGCCAAGGAACAAGAGCAGCAAGCAGAGGUCCCAAAGCCAACCCCAAUUCCUGAGGCCACCAGCCAGGAUGUGACCACAGUGACGCUCCUGCUGAGAGCCCCACCUGGGGGCACACCUAGCUCAUCGGCCUCACCUGACAGUUCACCUACCACUGCUUCUCCUGAGCCUCCACUUGAGCCUGCUGGAACCCAGUGCCCUGCUGCCGAGGCUCCAGGCAGCCCUGAGCCACCUCCUAGCCCUUCAGGAGCCCCUAGACCUGAUUCUCCUGAGUCACCAGCCACCCUGAGCACUGAGGGGCAGGUGGUCAACAAACUCCUGCCUGGGCCCACAGAGGCCCCUACUGCCCAGGGCCCCACCAGAGGUCCCUCCAAUACAAAAAAAUCAGACCUGGCUGGUCUCCGACCCUGCCAACGCUCCUUAUCUGUGCUGAGCCCUCGCCAGCCAGCCCAGAACCAAGAGUCCACUCCUCUUGCCAGCGGACCUUCCCCAUUCCAGCGGGCUGGCUCUGUGAGGGACCGUGUCCGCAAGUUCACAUCCAAUUCUCCUACAGCUGCCAGACUCCAGGAUGGCCCAUCCCGGGCGGCCUUAGGUUCCCCAACUCCAAUAAAACUCCUGGGCCCCUCCUUCAUCAGCACCACCCCUGUUGCCUCCUCUAAUAGCUCCUCCUCUCAGGGCCCCAGUGACACCUCCUCCCGGUUCAGCAAGGAGCAAAGAGGAACAGCCCAGCCCCUGACCCAAGAGGAGGGCCCCAGGGGGCGGGGCUUGGCUGCCAGGUCCCUUGAAAACGGAGCAGGGGGGCCCGUGGCCUGCUCAGAGGAGCCUAGUACCCAGCUGCCCGUGGCCAUCGGUAUUGCCGAGCCAGGGAGCAGUAUGAAGACUACAUUCACCAUCGAGAUCAAGGAUGGCCGUGGCCAGGCCUCCACGGGCCGGGUGGUGCUGCCCACAGGCAACCAGAGGGCAGAACUGACACUGGGGCUGCGGGCACCCUCCACACUCCUCAGCACCAGCAGUGGGGGUAAGAGCACCAUCACCCAUGUCAGCAGCCCUGGGACCCUGUCGCGGCUGGGCAGUGUUACUCAUGUCACCACCUUCAGCCAUGCUUCCCCUGGUAGCCGAGGAGGCUGCAGCAUUAAGAUGGAGCCAGAGCCAGCGGAGCCCCCUUCUGCUGCAGUGGAAGCAGCCAAUGGUGCUGAGCAGACUCUGGUAGACAAAGCACCAGAGGGUCGGAGUCCUCUGAGUGCCGAGGAUCUGAUGGCCAUUGAGGAUGAAGGAGUCCUUGACAAGAUGCUGGAUCAGGCCACAGACUUUGAGGAGCGGAAACUCAUCAGGGCUGCACUUCGGGAGCUCCGACAAAGGAAGAGAGACCAGCGGGAAAAGGAACGGGAACGGCGGCUGCAGGAGGCACGGGCUCGACCAGGGGAGGGCCGAAGCAACACAGCUACAGAGACCACCACAAGGCACAGCCAACGUGCAGCCGAUGGUUCGGCUGUCAGCACUGUUACCAAGACUGAGCGGCUCGUCCACUCCAAUGAUGGCACACGGACGGCCCGCACCACCACAGUGGAGUCAAGCUUCGUGAGGCGCUCGGAGAAUGGUAGUGGUAGUACCACAGUGCAAACCAAAACUUUCUCCUCUUCUUCCUCUUCAUCCAAGAAAAUGGGCAGCAUAUUUGACCGUGAGGAUCAGGCCAGCCCAAGGCCUGGCAGCCUGGCUGCACUGGAGAAACGACAGGCAGAAAAGAAGAAAGAGCUGAUGAAGGCGCAGAGUCUGCCCAAGACCUCAGCUUCUCAAGCACGCAAGGCCAUGAUUGAGAAGUUAGAGAAAGAGGGUACCACAGGCAGCCCUGGUGGACCUCGUGCAGCUGUGCAACGCUCCACCAGCUUUGGUGUCCCCAAUGCCAACAGCAUCAAGCAGAUGUUGCUGGAUUGGUGCCGAGCCAAGACCCGUGGCUAUGAGCACGUGGACAUCCAGAACUUCUCCUCCAGUUGGAGUGAUGGGAUGGCCUUCUGUGCCCUAGUACACAACUUCUUCCCCGAGGCUUUUGACUACGGGCAGCUUAGCCCACAGAACAGGCGCCAGAACUUUGAGGUGGCCUUCUCAUCUGCUGAGAUGCUGGUGGACUGCGUGCCCUUGGUGGAGGUGGAGGACAUGAUGAUCAUGGGAAAGAAGCCCGACCCCAAGUGCGUCUUCACCUACGUGCAGUCGCUCUACAACCACCUGCGGCGCCAUGAGCUGCGCCUGCGCGGCAAGAAUGUCUAGCCGCACCGCCAGCACCGCCAGCUCGCAGCAGGCUGCCGCCCCCACCCUCCCGGCACUGUCCCCUCCCUGUGCUCUUGCCCACCGCUGCCUUGUCUGUCGAGACACCCUCCUCCGCAUACACACGCGUUUUGAUAAAUUAUUGGUUUUCAACGA